AUGAUCAGUCCGACCCUCAUUUCAUGUUCAAUGAUGAAAACGUUGCAGCUGACUGGUUUAAUGCCUCCAGCAAUUGGAAUAGAUUUCGCUGUUUAUUUGUCAGAGCAACGUAGAGUAAAAAAUAAAAAUAUUUGUAAAACUCAAGGUGACAACGUGGAAGGGCCAGCUAUUCGCCAUACUGCCAGAGAGUGGAUAUCGGAAGAUAUUAGCCAAGCACCAGAAACUCGCAUCAGUUGCGGCCACUAA